AUGCCCCCGAAAGUGACGCCGAAGAAGGACGGGCCGCAGCAGCAGCCGGAUCUCACGGCGAUUCUGGCGCAGCUCACCGCCUACUUGGAGAACCAGUCCAGAACCCAGGAGGCUCUCCUCGAGCAGCUCUCCAAGCCGAAGGACAACGAGUUCCUGAUGGAAACACUUUCAAACACCAUCCCGGAAUUUGUUUACGACCCCCAAGGCGGACUGGUCUUCGACAAGUGGUACUCCCGGCACGAGGAGGCCUUCAACAAGGGCGGGGAGAAGCUGGAGGAAGCGGACAAAGUGCGGCUGCUCGUGCGGAAGCUGUCCUCGGUGGAUCACGACCGCUACGUGAACUACAUCCUACCGGAGAACCCACCGGACAGAUCGUUCCAGGACACGGUGGACACGCUGAAGGAGAUGUUCGGGCACCAAACGUCCGUGUUCUUCCGGCGCUACCAGUGUCUGCAGACGACCAAGCGGAAUGCGGAGGAUUUCGUCACGUACGCCAGUACCGUCAACCGAGCGUGCGAGGAUUUCAACAUCCGGACGAUCACCUCCGACCAGUUCAAGUGCCUGGUUUUUGUCGCUGGUCUGCAGUCGGAGCGGUACAAGGACAUCCGGACCCGGUUGCUGGCGAAGAUGGAAGGCGAGACGGCGGAGCACCCGAUGACUCUCAAGAAGCUGUUAUUGGAGUGCCAGCAUUUGGACAACCUCAAACACGACACUGCUGUUAUUGAGGGUCCGAAGCCGGCCGUCAAAGCGGUCCAGCAGGAUCGCAGCGGCUUUCGCGAGUCGGGCAAACCGGAACGGAAGUUCGACAACAGGAAUCCGGCCAAGGCAACCCCACGACGUCCGUGCUGGCAGUGCGGGCAGAUGCACUUUGUUGCAGACUGCUCGUACACGAAACACACCUGCAAGACGUGCGGCAAAGUGGGACACAAGGAAGGAUACUGUGCUUGCUGCUCCAAACCCUCCGGUUCCGGAGAAGGUGCAUCACACACAGCACCCGGAGGCGGCAAGAAGAAGCACAAAAAGAAGCGGGCCGACGGCGGGGGACACUCAAACGGAGUGUACGCUGUCAACAAGGAAGGUGUCGUCGGACGGCGCAAGUUCGUGGAAGUUCUGAUCAACAACGAACCGAUCGAACUCCAGCUCGACUGCGGAUCGGACUACACCAUCAUCUCGACGGAUUCACUUCCCCUGCUCGGCAACCCAGAAACCAUUCCGACGGAACUGCGGGUGGCCACAGCCUCAGGCAAACCCCUUCCGCUGGAAUUGGAGUUCGAGUGUGACGUCACCGACCUGAUGGAAGCUUUCGGGCUGUACGACAUUCCGAUCAACGACUUCUGCAAGCAACUCACAACUGCGGAGGACUCGUUGGCAUGUGGUGCCGCGCUGAAGGCGAAAUUUCCGGCGGUGUUCCAGGAAGGACUCGGACGGUGCACGAAAACGAAGAUCCAGCUGUUCCUGAUCGACGGGGCGAAGCCGGUCUUCAAGCCUAAGCGGCCAGUGCCGUUCCACUCGCAGCGGCUGGUUGAGAAGGAGCUCAACCGAUUGCAGAACAUGGGAGUGCUGGAACCGGUCGACUACUCGGACUGGGCGGCACCCAUCGUGGCAGUUCGGAAGGCGCAGCGCGACGCAGACGGAGAUCCGGUGGUCCGCAUUUGCGCGGAUUACUCGACCGGGUUGAACGCUGUGCUGGAGGCGAACAAGUACCCUCUCCCUACCCCCGACGACAUCUUCGCAAAGCUGGCUGGCAGCAAGUUCUUCAGCGUGAUUGACCUGUCGGACGCUUAUCUGCAGAUGGAGGUAGAGGAGGAGUCGCAGAAGCUGUUGACUAUGAACACACACAAGGGGCUGUUCAAGGUCAAGCGUCUGCCGCCGGGAGUGAAACCCGCUCCUGGAGCCUUCCAGAAGGUCGUUGACAACAUGCUCGCCGGCCAGGAAGGAGCGGCGUCGUUCCUCGACGACGUGCUGGUGUUCGGCCGAACGCGCGCUGAGCACGACCGGAACUUGGAGCAAACGCUGCAGCGGAUCCAAGAUUUCGGUUUCCGGCUCAAGAUCGAGAAGUGCAAGUUCUACAUGACGGAGGUGAAGUACCUGGGCCACAUCAUCAACCAAAACGGAAUCCGCACCGACCCGGGGAAAGUGUCUGCCAUCUCGCAGAUGCCACCACCGAAGAACCUCACCGAGCUGCGUUCGUUUUUGGGCGCGGUCAACUACUACGCGAAGUUCAUCAAGGAGAUGCACCAGCUGCGUAGGCCACUCGAUCUGCUGCUGAAGAAGGACGCAAAGUGGGCCUGGUCGGACGACUGCCAACGAUCGUUCGAGCGCUUCAAGGAGCUGCUCAAGUCUGACCUGAUGCUGACCCACUACAACCCGACGCUGGACAUUAUCGUGGCCGCUGACGCUUCGCAAACCGGAAUCGGCGCCACAAUCCGACAUCGUUUCCCUGACGGUUCGGAGAAGAUAAUCCAGCACGCCUCAAGAUCGUUGACACCGGCGGAGCAAGCGUACGGGCAGAUCGACAAGGAAGCUCUGGCGCUCGUCUACGCUGUCACGAAGUUUCACCGGAUGCUGCUGGGACGACGGUUCGUUCUGGAGACAGACCACCAGCCUCUGCUCCGCAUCUUCGGGUCACACAAGGGGAUUCCGACGCACACGUCCAACCGACUGCAACGACUGGGACUCGUUCUGCUGUGCUACAACUUUGGCAUCGACUACGUCUCCACGGCGAACUUCGGGUACGCGGAUGUACUCUCCAGACUCAUCGAUUCGGCGGCCAAGCCGGAGGAGGAGUACGUUAUCGCCGCUCUGUACCUCGAGGACGACAUGUCGGCGGUCUUGGAAGACUCCGUUGGCAACACACCUGUCACUUCCAAGAUGAUCGCCGCUGCUACCGCCCGGGACAAGGUGCUCAAGAAAGUGGUCCAGUACUUGGAAGGUGAGUGGCCGGCCAGCGCAAGCGAAAUCGACAACCUGGACGUGAAGGCGUUCUACCACCGGAAGGAGAGCCUGGCGCUGACUCAGGGCUGCAUUCUUUUCGGCCAGCGAGUGGUGGUGCCGGAGACCUACCGAAAGCGGAUCCUGCAACGCCUGCACCACGGUCACCCGGGCAUGGUCCGGAUGAAGAGUCUGGCUCGGAGUUUCGUCUACUGGCCGCACAUCGACAAGCAGGUGGAGGACACGGUGAAGCAGUGCGCGGACUGUGCUGCAGCUGCCAAAUCUCCCCCACACUCUCCACCAGAAGCUUGGCCAACACCAGCGGGACCAUGGCAACGCAUUCACAUUGAUUACGCGGGCCCGAUCGAUGGUCUCUACUUUCUCAUCAUCGUGGACGCUUUCUCGCGAUGGCCUGAGAUCUACCCGACGACGACCACGACCGCUAGGGCCACGAUCCAGUUUCUUCGAAGCACGUUCGCACGCCUUGGCCUGCCGAUGGUACUCGUGUCGGACAACGCUGCUCAGUUCACUUGCGACGAGUUUGAGUCCUACUGCAAAGCGAACGGAAUCACCCACAUCCUCACCGCGCCCUACCACCCGCAAUCGAACGGGCAAGCGGAACGCUUUGUGGACACCGUCAAGCGAGGAAUGAAGAAAAUCAACAAGGGAGAGCCACUGCAGGAGACACUCGACGUGUUUCUGGCAACGUACAGGUCGACGCCGAGCGGAACAACCGAGCAGAAGUCACCAAGUGAACUGCUGUUUGGACGUCAAAUGCGCACCACACUCGACCUACUGCGACCACCACCAACACCGGUUGCUGAGAUGAAGACGACUGCUGAGAACGACCAGAGACGAGAAUUUGCACCUGGCGACUUGGUGUAUGCGAAGGUGCACAAGCGGAACGACUGGUACUGGGAGGCAGGAAAGGUCAUCGAAAGGCUCGGCUCGGUGAACUACAACGUGUGGUUGGACGGCCAACGUUCGGGGCUGAUCCGGUCGCAUAUCAACCAGCUUCGUCCACGGCACGAGUCAGCGGAUUCGCCGGCGCGCGGUCGCGCUGUUAACCUUCCGCUGGACAUUCUCCUGGGCGAGUUUGGGUUCGCUCAACCAACAACCGAGGACGUCACGCAAGCAGCUGUGGUGGAACCGGAAGGCGCGAACCAACCAGAACUCACCGAGCAACCUGGCAACAACGAUGGACCGGAACCAGCUGUGAUCCAACGGCCGAUCCGGCGGGCUUCGACGGGAAGUAUUCCGCCGAGUUGCGUUCCCGUGCCGACGACGACGAUCACCAAGAGUGGACGCGAGGUUCGGCUGCCGCCGAGGUUCGAUCACUACGUGAUGUCUUAA